GUCUUAGAGGUCUCGUUUCAAGUCAAGGCCAGAUGUCUAUGUCACAAAUCGUGUAGUGCUUCAAAACUAAAUUGAAACAAAAACAUCAUGUCUGAAAAGGGUAUUUUGGAAUUCAAGGCCCUUCGAUCCGUGGAAUCAUGUCUAUUCCAUAGAUGUUGUCUCACUCUUGAGCGCCAUUUCGGUUUAAACUUUGAGAAAAUUCAAAAAAUAAAAGGAUCCAAAGUGGAGACGGUGUUUUAUCAGUCAGAAGAUUUGAAUUCAACCUUAAUGUUUAAAUACCAUAUUGCCUCUAAGGCCAUCACUAUCGAGAUAGAUUCCCCUACUUUCCUGAAGACGAUGUCAUUUGAGGAUAUGCAAGAUUUGGCCAAGCUUAUCCAAAUGGAGCACGAGCAAGAUCUUGGGUUUCCAAACCAGUCUGAUUCAUGGCAGCAAUUACCAAUCCUGCAACUCGGCCAAUCUUUCAAUCAAUACCUCACCACUUCAGAUGGGAGAGUGAUUCAAUAUGGAUUUAAGUCUCGAGUAUUUCACGACCAAUCCAAGUACCAAACCAUUGAUAUCUAUGACACUGAAGAUCAUGGGAAAAUACUUCUUUUGGAUGGAGUGGUGAAUUUGGCCGAAAAUGAUACAAAGGCUUACACCGAAAUCUUAUUAGGCCUACCGAAGAAUGAAGAACAAUUUAACCAGAAGAGGGUUCUCAUCUUGGGAGGCGGAGAUGGUGGACUACUCAAAAGUUUACUCACCUUAACCCAUCCUCCUAGCCAAAUCGAUAUGGUUGAAAUUGAUGAAAAAGUCAUGACUGCUUGCUCCACCCAUAUUCCCUCAAUAUGUGAGCCAUAUUUAUCCCAAAGAAGUGGUCCCAAUUUCAAUGUUAUCACUGGAGAUUGCUUUAGAUACCUUGAAGUUGCCCAGGGCUCAGGAACGAAGUUUGACGCGAUUAUUUGCGACUUAACGGACAUUCCUCUCACUGAAAAUGGCACCACUCAUCCCCAUUUUGAAUUGAGUCAGAGGGCGCUUCAAGAGUCAAGGACCUUACUGGAUCAGGGUGGCAAAUACCUAACUCAUUGCAAUGGGAUCAACGUGCCCUCUAGCGUGGGCAACUUCAAAACUAUGUUAAAAUCUAUUGUGAAAGACCGUGCUCAAAUCAUCAUGCGUUCAUCUUUUGUUCCAUCAUUUCAUGAGGUAUGGACUUUCUUUGAGCUCGAAAUGAAAUAAGCCGGACUUAAUAUACUUGAUCAAUGAAGG